GAAUCAGUGUCAAAAAUUACUUUUUUCUGUUUUUUUUUUUUCUUUUCAUUUCAAUAUUUUAGUUUAUACCGUUCUUUUGAUGUGAAACUAGGAAGAUUUUGAUUAGUUUUUGUUGGUUUAAGGUUUUAGUUUGUCAGUUAUUAUUGUUAGUGUUAUGAGUUAUUCAGGUGAGUGUUUGUUGCAACUUGCACAACGUUGCAUGAAACACCAAAAACAAAUGAAGCAAAUUCAUUCACUUGUAAUCACCAAUGGUUACCUCAAUUUUCAAAAAUCAAAUAAUGCAUCAUUUUCAAACCAUAUCAAAUGGAUGCCAACACUUCUUUGCAAUGCUCUCAUAAGAGCCUAUAAUGUUCAUAACCAUAACAAGGUUUUUGUUAUUUUUACUAACAUGCUUGCAAACAAUGUUUCACCUAACACACACACUUUCCCUCCUCUCCUUAAAUCAUCAUCUGCUUUUGUUGUUACACCACUUCAUUGUCAGGCUCUCAAACGUGGGAUUUUGUCUGACCCUUUUGUGCUUACCACUUUACUUGUAGUUUAUGCAAGAACUAAUCAUAUUGUUUGUGCACAAAAGGUGUUUGAGGAAGUUCCUAUGUUUUGUAUUGUUGCAUCCAAUGCAAUGAUCAAUGCUUUUACAAUGAAUGGGAACAUGGAGGGUGCUUUGUUGGUUUUUGAAUGGAUGCCUUACCGGGAUGUUGUUUCGUGGACAACUAUGGUGAAUGGUUUUGCUUUGAGUGGGAAUUUUGGUGCCGCGAUUCGGUUUUUUGGGACGAUGAUGCGUCAUAAGGAUGUUUUGGAUUGUUUGGUGAAACCUAAUGAGGCUACUUAUGUUAGCGUGCUCUCUUCAUGUACGGAGUUGGAAGGAAAAGGCGCUCUUGAUUUUGGAAGGCAAGUUCAUGGUUACAUAGUGGUGAAAGGUGUUGACUUGGGAGUUUUUGUGGGAACUUCAUUGAUAAAUCUUUAUGGGAAGAUGGGGUGUUUGAAUUAUUCUGCGAGUGUUUUUAGAGUAAUGGUUGUAAGAGAGGUUUGCACGUGGAAUGCAAUGAUUUCUUCAUUGGCUUCCAAUGGUAGAGAGAAGGAGGCUCUAGAUUUGUUUGAAAAAAUGAAGCUUCAAGGAUUGAAACCAAAUAGUAUUACCUUUGUGGCAGUUCUUACUGCGUGUGCUCGUGGAGGUUUUGUUAGUGAAGGAUUGGAGUUGUUUGAAUCAAUGUCGAGCAAGUUUCAAGUGGUGCCAGUAAUGGAGCACUAUGGAUGUGUGGUUGAUCUUUUGGGAAGAGCUGGUCAUAUCCAGGAAGCAGCUGAAAUUAUAAGAAAUAUGCCUUUCCCGCCCGACAAAACUGUAUUGGGGGCUUUUUUGGGAGCAUGUAGGAUUCAUGGAGCUAUUGAACUCGGAGAAGAAAUAGCAAAGAUGCUUAAAUUGCAGACGCAGCACUGCGGCCAGUACUUGUUAUUGUCUAGCAUGUAUGCUGAGAAAGAAAGAUGGAAUCAUGCUGCUGAUCUGAGGAAUGAAAUUAUGGAGGCUGGAAUUCACAAAAUUCCAGCGUUUAGUAUGGUUCAUUUGACAUAAAAUUCUUUUCUCUGGUCAAUCUGUUAUCUUGCUGUUUGUACAUAGAUUUGAGUCACUUGCAAUCUUGUCAUUGAUAAAAAUUUAUGGAUGAAAGCUUUCUGCAAAAGUACUUUGUAUGAUUACCAAUCAGAAAAGCAAAUACAAAAUUUCUCAUUGUUGAAUAUCUAUCUCAGUGUGAUGAGAGUUUCGACUUCACC